GUUAUGUAAGAGUCUUCAAAUGAUUAGACAAUCAAAAGUUGAAUCAUUAGUCAUUAGACUUCACUUAUGAUUAAAGAACUGAUGAGAUUAUAACUGAAUACAUCCACCACAAUAUAUUAUGAAUCAUUAUGAAUCAUAUGAACAGGAACCGAUUACAAAGGUUAUUACUGAGAAACCAAGUAAUAACGAAGAUGAACUAAUUUCAAAUGGUAAUAAUAAUACUAAAGGAAUACGGAAAAUAGCAUCUGGGCUAUGGAGUUCGUUUUUCCAAUCUCAUGAAGUGAAAUCUAUAAAAAUUUUUGGCAGUUUUUCAGAAAUUUCUGAAAUAAAAAACAUGCCAAAUAUGAAAAUCAAGCAUGUAAAGCGUGAUGAAAAUGUUUCUGCAUACUGUUCUCCUAAGGAGCUUUUCACACAAUUUAAAUCUUCAGAAUCAUUAAGUACAAAUAGUUGUCCAGGAAUUUAUGAUUGGGAAACUAUAAAAGAAUUUGCAUAUGGCCAUGCUUUUAGUUUAUAUGAAAAAGAUUUAAACUCAAACACUUCCACAGGUGAUCCAAUAGCUGAUGCUUUUGCAAUUGUAACAUACCAAAGUUGUAGUAUACUCUCUCUAGCUGAUGGAGUGAGCUGGGGAAAAAAAUCAAAGCUUUCGUCAAAUUCUGCAAUUUAUGGUGCAACCAUUUAUUUAUGUAAGAAUAUUGAUAAAUGUUUUACAACAAAGGAUGUGUUCAAACACAUAUUGGAUGCUUUUAAAAGUGCUCAGGAAGUAAUAGUUGAUAAAGAAGCCACGUUGACCACAUUAUGUGUUGGUGUUGUUGUGCAACUUCAGGAGAAAAAAGAUAGGUGGGCACUUUGUGUUAUAAAUGUUGGUGACUCUUACGCUUACUUUUAUAAUAAGAAAACUGGUGUAAAAGAAGUUACAUGUGGUUCUCAUCCAAUAGGUAAGGAGAGAGAUAUGAGGUUUAGUGGUGGGUCUCUUGGACCAGCAGAUGGGUUUAACCCAGAUCUUGGUAACCUCACUUGCUCCUUUGUCAUAAUUGAAAAAGAUGAUAUUGUCUUUCUAUGUAGUGAUGGAAUUUCUGAUAAUUAUGACCCUGCCAUUGCUAUGUUUAAUCCAAAAACUGAUAAUAUAUCUAAUUCAAAUAAAACAAAAAACACUAAAUCCAAUGACAACAAUAAACUUACUUUAUAUAAUAAUAGGCUGCAUUCUAGACAUAAAAAAAAUGAAAAUAAUUCUAACAACUGUUACACCAAUAAUAAUAGUUUUAUUGUUAGUUCCCAACCAUAUUAUUCCCAUGAAAAUUUUGAAACUCAACAUUAUCUAGAGGAAAAUACUAAAACAGAAUGCAAUUAUCAAGAACAUUUAAUUAAUCUUCAAAAAAUAAACAAUGAACCACAGGAACUAAUUAAUAAUAAAGACAAAUUUAAACAAAAUCAAACAAAGUUUGAUGAACCGCCCUGUGAAAAAAGUUCAAUAAAAACAACAAAAUCAAGGGGAAAAAAUGAAGAAAAUUUAUUAGAAAAUGAAAAUUGUAAAGGGAUUCCAUUAAAUACUUUUUCUACUGAAUUUGAAAAUAAACAUCCUGAAAAAAUCAAUAAAACAGAAUGUAACUUUGGUUUGAACACAAAUGAAAUAAAAAAUGAAAGUAAAUCUGAAACCGAUAUUUCUUCAAGUGUUAUUCUAGAUACAAUACAUUUGACACCACAUGAGCGUCAAGAUGGAAUAUUAAACAGAAUGACUAAGGUUAUUAAUCAAACAGAUUUUGAUGAACCGCUCUGUGAAAAAAGUUCAAUAAAAACAACAAAAUCAAGGGAAAAAAAUGAAGAAAAUUUAUUAGAAAAUGAAAAUUGUAAAGGGAUUCCAUUAAAUACUUUUUCUACUGAAUUUGAAAAUAAACAUCCUGAAAAAAUCAAUAAAACAGAAUGUAACUUUGGUUUGAACACAAAUGAAAUAAAAAAUGAAAGUAAAUCUGAAACCGAUAUUUCUUCAAGUGUUAUUCUAGAUACAAUACAUUUGACACCAUAUGAGCGUCAAGAUGGAAUAUUAAACAGAAUGACUAAGGUUAUUAAUGAAGAAAGUUCAAAAAAUUCUGACGAAGGUGAGGUUGUAACAGCAGGUCAUGUUUGUAGGAGUAUUUCUAAUUUUGUUGUAAAAAGAACAGAGAAAAAACGUAACGUUUUAGAAAAACUCCAAAUGGAAACAAAAAAUUCUCCAAAUGAAAAGAAAAAUAAAAAUAAUAAUAUUAAAAAAAUUUUAGAAGGUAACUUUCAAGCUUUUUUUUUUUUUUUUUUUUUUUAAGUGUUUGAUUAAAUU